UGUACGGAAAAUGUUGACAAAGUUACUGACCCUAGCAAAAUGCCAAUUGGUAGCCUCGUACAUCUCAUGGAGCCACCUAAGUUGGGUGUUAUAAAGAUCUCAAAUAUUCCUUAUUCCAUUACGAAGCAGGAGAUCUUUCAGUUCCUCGGUCGUCCGGCACGUCUCAUCACUCCUGAUAGAGGAUGUCCUGUUCAUAUCAUAAUGGAAAGAUCUACUGCAAAAACUAUGGAAUGCUAUGCAGAAUUCGAAACUCCGUCGGAAGCGAGAGAAACCGUGGUUCGCAUUAAUCGGAUUUAUGAGACUGGUCGUGCUCCUCGCCUUGGUAAUCGUCAUGUUGACCUUGAAUUGAGCAACCAGGAUGCCCUUCUAAAAGACUUGUUUCCACGCGCGAAGUGCGUGGUCUGGAGAGAUGGUAUGCCUUAUGUCAUGCCUAACACUGAUCCUUACUCCACUGGCUUUACCGGUUUCUUCACCACUGAGGAGAUUAUUGGUGCAAUUCGCCAUGCCGAGAUGCCUCAUCGCUCUCCUUUUUGUGACAAGUGCCCUCAGCGCACCUAUGAGUCAACCAUAAGUACGAUACACAAGUUCCCUUGGUAUGCCACCGAGCUGUACACGGUUCACGAUCGUAAUCAGCUGUUCGAAUUGGUCAAUCGUCACAUCAUCUCUCUCGUCUCUCGCGUUAAAAGAACCAAUACCGUUGGACUUGACCAGAAACUGCUUCACGAUCUCCUUCAGGCAGGCCUGAAAUGCCCUGCUUUCAAUGAGCGCCAAAAAUACACCCUCUGUAUUCACUCGGAGAAUGUAACGGAGAUUUUCAAAUUCCCAGAAAUUGGGAAAUGGUUCCCGUUUGAUACACUCGUGAAAAUGCCAGGCUUCAAGGAGGACGUCUUUUUGGUAAACCUUCCUAACAUGUUCUCAAUGCCCAAUCCUGGGCUUCAGUCUCCCUAUGGAGAGAUUUGGUUCGAAUGGCCAUUAGAUGUUACAAAUAAUGUUACUUGGGGAACCGCUGUUCAUCAUGAAAUGGUUCUGCUCUCUAGCCUUGUUCUCAGUGGCUGGAUUAAUGAUGACAAAAAUAGCAUGAACAACAUUACGAGCCUCAGAAGAGUUUCUGAACACUCCUCUUCCUCAAUCCCCCGGGCUGCCUCAUACAACAUGCACGCCUCGUCUUCCAGAGCCGAUAAGCUCCACGCUCGCACCGAGUCUACUCCUCAUGCUGAUGCCCUUGCACCUACCUCCCGACGCGCAAGCGAGAGUACCACCUUUAAUUCCUUGAACUUUGAAAGCAAUGAAGAUACUGGGAACCCUUGGAACCAGAAGCUGCUUUUGUACCCUCCCACCAGACCCCACCCUGGAUUCCGUGGUCACAGAAUCACUCAGUCGUCGCCAAAUUGUCUCCCGUCCCCCACCGAGAAUUGGCCCAGAGAAAACUAACGCUCCGCGGGUCCGUGGGACUGUAUUGCUGCUCAGUCUGGGGUCAUGUUUUUUGUUUAUUCAUGCAGGCUUCCUACCGCCGAUACAUGCAUAUGAAGAUAUCACGAUUUAGGAUGAACUGAGCUUGUUCGUGGUUGACGGCAAUUUAGGAUCAGGUCUUCGAUAUCAUCGUUAUGAUUUCGCGUUGAAUGAAGAACGCAUGCUUAGCUUGGACCUUGGUCAAUCACUUUCCUUAUGUUGACAUUGUGAACCAGUCAUUUUAUGAGACAAUUAUCCCUUUUUCCAAAUAGCUGAAAUGUAAAUUAGG